UUAAAACAAAAAUCAAAUAAUUAAUUGUUAAAAUUGUUAGAUACAACGACAAACAAAACUUAAACCCUAUCAGACAACAACGAACAUGCCAAAAGCUAUAAGAAAAAGGUCCAAAGAACGGGCCUUUUUCUUUCUAUUUUGGACUAGUUCUCCAGUAAACCGGGCCUCCAACUGCCAUAGUGGACACUCAAGCCCAACCAAGCUACCGCACCGAAGAAACCAGCCAAAGCCGCCAUUGUUCAUGGCUCUCGAGCAGGAGUUGGUGGUGCAUUGGAUCACUCCCGCCUCGAAUGUUACUCCCUCGAACGUCCGAAGCCGCCAUCUUGCCCACCGGCGUCGUUGCACUCGCUCGGUAUGCACCGCCGGAGACUUUCGGCAGCGACCGUCAUCAUCAACAUCUGCCGUCUUCGUAACAGACUCGCGGAAAAAUCGACAGAAAGAUAUGCCUCAUUGGGAACCAGAGGUUCCCAAACCACAAUCGCUGUAAACCGCAAGUAUAAAACCUCCUGUGAAUGUGACGUCGAUGUAAAUAUAUUGUAAAUAUGAGCCAUGUGUUAGGUUAUUUAAAGAGCAUAGCCCUGGAUUAAAUGUGUUCCACCACUUUUCGUUUUGUCCGCCUUUCCGGGCUAAAAGUAGCCAUCAUGCUUUCUGGAAUUCUACCAAUUAGUUUAUCAUUUUAUAUGCUUUUCGUAUCGUCCGUCCUGUGAUCUGUCUGUUUAUGAAACACUGGUGGGUUUGUUUAACGUUCAAUACUGGUCCUGCUGCUAUGUUCGUCCUCAGCUGGAGAUGUGAGAGACAAGUCACGUUUGAACGACCCUGUGAUCCACAAUCCCUGAGCCACCGAGUUACAG